AUGAUUGGGAAUGCGGCGGCUUUCGAUAACUGUCCCAAGCACAAGACUAAGCUGGGUGGGCUGAUCAAUCUCUGGGAGAAAAAGGCGUAUUUCUCGCCCGAGCUGGUUGCUCAGCUCCGCACGGCCUUGUCCAAUGGCUCGGCCGAGAUUACUGCUGUAAACCUCGAGCUCUCGGAGAGCUCACUAAAGCUCGCAAAGGAUGCCCCAUACAUUCUUCCCUCCUUCCACGGAGACGCCUCGGUUCCAUGGUAUGACCUGCCUGCUGGAACUUGGUUACCUCACAUCACCCCGAACUCUUCUAGGCCUAUGAUCCCUGACCAGGUCCGCCCUAUUCAGCUGGCAGCGGGGCCUGCUGAGAAGCGAGUCGUGGAUGCUGUCAAGAUGUUGUUGAAAGAUGCAGACUACAUCUACUCCAAGGAUAGCGAGCCGAGUGACGACCUACAUACGGGAUACAGUGAAAUGGGCGAGCGUAUCAUCCUGGAUGAGAUUACAGGCGAGGUUAUCGGA